AUGUCCUCCUACUACGACGUCGACGCCAUCCUGACCGACGCGCAAAAGGUGCCCUGCACAUUCGAGCUAACCGUCCCGGGGCUCGGCUACCUAGAAGGCAACCUGCGCGGCGACAUGAAGCAAGGCUCCAAGAUCGAGCUGCCGCUCUGGCUGGGCGAGAUGUUAGCCCUGAGCCAGAGUCUGAACACGCAGUCGCUCGUGACGCUGGACCCGCCGACCGCGCUCUCCCCGCGCGUUCUCAAUGCGCUGAAAGCUGACCCGCGGACGGUGGAUUUGCGCGCUUUGGCGCCGCAUUUCUACAACCUCGGAGCACGGAUUCUGGAGCUGUUCGAUGAGGAUGAGAUGAUCGAGGUGCUGUCAGAUACGUACAAGACCCGCGCAGCCGUGAUUGCAGACCAGGCGCACAACCCUCGCGGUGCUUUGGGUGAAGGUGCUGAUUUCAUGCGAGGCUUGGAUGAGAACGAACGGCAAUUGUUCCGAGCUGCACACGACAGCGCAAAGGGGGUUAGGACGUGGAUGGCAGAUUUGCAGAAGUGA